GUAAAUCAUCUGGUUAAAGCCGUCCUGUAUAGCUGAAGUAAAGAUCUAAGCCGACGAAGAAACAUGAGCUCUCAGGUGAGACAAAAUUUCCACCAGGACUGUGAGGCCGCCAUAAACCGGCAAAUCAACCUUGAGUUGUAUGCCUCCUAUGUCUAUCUGUCUAUGUCUUAUUACUUUGAUAGAGACGACCAGGGGCUGCACAACUUUGCUAAGUUUUUCCGCAAGCAGUCGCAUGAGGAAGGUGAGCAUGCAGACAAACUGAUGAAACUUCAGAACCAGAGGGGUGGAAGAAUCUUCCUGCAGGACAUCAAGAAACCAGAACGUGACGAGUGGGGUAGCGGUGUGGAGGCUCUGGAGUGCUCACUACAGCUGGAGAAGAAUGUCAACCAGUCCCUAUUGGACCUGCAUAAGGUGGCCACUGAUCACAACGACCCUCAUAUGUGUGACUUCAUUGAGACUCACUACUUAGACGAACAGGUAAAAUCCAUCAAGGAGCUUGCUGAUUGGGUCACCAACCUGCGCCGUAUGGGAGCGCCUCAGAAUGGCAUGGCUGAAUAUCUGUUUGAUAAACAUACACUGGGCAGUGAGAGCAGCUAAACCCUCUCCACGCCACCUUGGCUUAUACCAUCUUAUAAUUUUUUUUAUCCCUUCUACCAGAAGUUUUCAGAUUUUAGUUUUGUCCUGCUUUAACACACUUCCUGUUGCUUGUUAUUGUCAUAACAAGUUUACCUGUGUGUGCUGUUUUAUUGCAAAAUUGUAUGCCAAUCAAAUAAACAAAUUGUAUGAUCA